AUUAAUGUAAUUAAUUGUGAGUUAAUUUUUAUUUUGUCUGUACUUAAUCCAAAGUCUUAUAAGUACUGCCAAACCACACCAACUAUCACCACAGAAGCAACAGACAGACAUACCCUUCUUUCUGUUUUUCCCUUUUCCUUGCUCUCACUCAAAAACAUGGAUUCUGAUCAGUUUCAGAAAAACAGCAUGUACGUAGAAACCCCUGAAGCUUUUGGUGAAGGUGGCAAAGACUUCGACGAUGAUGGACGUGUCAAGAGAACUGGAACAUGGAUAACUGCGAGUGCUCAUAUCAUAACCGCAGUUAUAGGAUCUGGAGUGUUGUCACUUGCAUGGGCGAUUGCACAAUUGGGUUGGGUGGCUGGCCCUGCGGUUCUCUUCGCCUUCUCUUUCAUCACAUACUUCACAUCAACUCUUCUUGCAGACUGUUAUCGUACACCUGACCCUGUUCAUGGCAAGAGAAACUACACCUAUUCCGACGUUGUCAAAUCCGUCUUAGGUGGGAGAAAAUUCCAACUGUGUGGAUUAGCUCAGUACAUAAAUCUGGUCGGUGUAACUAUCGGAUACACAAUAACAGCUUCAAUAAGUAUGGUGGCGGUGAAAAAAUCAAACUGUUUACACAAACAUGGACACCAUGCGAAGUGCUUCACGUCAAACAACCCUUUCAUGAUUAUCUUUGCGUGCAUCCAAAUCGUGCUUAGUCAGAUACCGAAUUUCAGCAAGCUCUGGUGGCUGUCUAUUGUUGCAGCAGUCAUGUCUUUUGCUUAUUCUUCCAUUGGACUCGGCCUCUCUGUUGCCAAAGUUGCCGGUGGCGGAAAUCAUCAUGUACGGACAACCUUAACUGGGGUGCAAGUUGGUGUGGAUGUUACAGGAUCAGAGAAGGUGUGGAGGACCUUUCAAGCUAUUGGUGACAUUGCCUUUGCUUACGCUUAUUCUAAUGUUCUCAUUGAGAUACAGGAUACCCUGAAAUCGAGUCCUCCGGAGAACAGGGUCAUGAAAAGAUCAAGCUUGAUUGGCAUCACGACAACAACCUUGUUCUAUGUACUAUGUGGCUGCUUAGGUUAUGCAGCAUUUGGAAACGAUGCACCAGGAAAUUUCCUCACCGGGUUCGGCUUCUACGAGCCCUUUUGGCUCAUAGACUUUGCUAACAUCUGCAUAGCCGUGCACUUGGUUGGAGCAUAUCAGGUUUUCUGUCAGCCAAUAUUUGGGUUCGUGGAGAACUGGAGUAAGGAAAGGUGGCCCAACAGUCAAUUUGUUAAUGGGGAGUAUACAGUGAAGUUGCCAUUGUGUGGAAGCUACAGUGUGAACUUUUUCAGGGUGGUAUGGAGAACAACAUAUGUUAUCAUCACUGCUGUCUUAGCUAUGCUGUUUCCAUUCUUCAAUGACUUCCUAGGACUGAUUGGUUCGGUGUCCUUCUGGCCAUUGACCGUUUACUUCCCCAUAGAGAUGUACAUUAAGCAGUCAAAGAUGCAAAAGUUUUCCUUCACAUGGACAUGGCUCAAGAUAUUGAGCUGGCUUUGCUUGAUUGUUUCCAUUAUUUCAGCUGUUGGCUCCAUUCAAGGCCUCGCUCAAGAUCUCAAGAAAUAUCAGCCCUUUAAAGCCCAGCAAUAGUUGUUCUCUGUAACUUUUGUUUUAAUAAAUUUAUGCUUGUGAAUGGGAUAAUGCAUUUUUAUCAAGUGCUUAUAGAUGAAAUAAUAGACAUAACACCUAUUUGCACUGUAUAAAUGUCACAAAUAAUUUCAAAGUGUUGAAAGUUUACAUUA